AUGGGAAAGCUGUUCCUCCGAAGAUCACGGCGCAAUUUUCCAUAUUCAUCAAAAACAAUAUGGCAUCGAUGGUAUUCUUGUUCAUGAUUUUAUCUAUUCUUUCCAUGGGUCUAAAAGUGUCUCAGGCCACAUCUCGUGUCACCUUCCACGAGCCACUACUUGCUGACCACCACCAGCAAUGGAUGACUCGAUUCUCUCGAGUUUAUAGAGACGAGCUCGAGAAAGAGAUGAGAUUCGACGUGUUUAAGAAAAACGCAAAAUUCAUAGAAAUUUUUAAUAAGGGGAAUAGAACCUACAAGCUUGGCGUCAACGAGUUUUCGGAUUGGACAGAAGAGGAGUUCAUUGCCACACACACCGGUCUCAAGGGCAUUAACAGAAUUUCACCCUCUGAAUUUAUCGAUGAAAUGAUACCGUCUUGGGAUUGGAACGUCAGUGAGGUUGCCCGUGAGACCAAAGAUUGGAGAUACGAAGGAGCUGUAACACCUGUUAAAUACCAAGGCCAAUGCGCAUGGGCUAGUAUAGUCCCAUGUGCAUCGUCCAAAACAGGGGCGGAUCCAUGUGUUAAAAUACAGUUGAGGGAGAGAAAUAACCUUAAAAUAAUACAAACGGUUUACGUUAGACCUCUAGCUAAUUGGCUUCUUGAUCUAUCAAUGCAUAUUAAGAAGGGAAAGUUAAUGAAACGGAACAUUCAAAGAAUGCAAACUAUUAAAAUAUCACCACAACUCUAUAAAUUCACUCUGCCCCCCCCAUUCUCACUUCUUCUCAACAACAAACCCUUAACUUUCGUCUUUAUCGUAUCCACCAAAACUAAUAUGGUCGUGGUCAAUUUGUAUUACAUAUUCGCAAUUCUAACACUUCUUUCCAUGAAUCUAACAAUCUCUCAAGCUACAUUCCGUGUCACUUUUAACCAUAAUAUCUUCGACGAGAGCAAAGACUGGACACAAGAAGGAGCUGUAACGCCUGUCAAAACGCAAGGAGGAUGUGAAGAAGCAUACCCUUACCAAGUGGAAGAAGGGAGCUGCCGGUCCAACAUCCAACCCGCCAUGCAGAUCAGAGGGUUCAUAAACGUUCCACAGAACAACGAGCUUGCGUUGCUCUCGGCCGUAUACAGUCAGCCCGUAUCGGUGUGCAUUGCAACGACGAGUUUCAGUUUCAUUCAUUAUGCAGGGGGAGUGUACAAUGCGCCUGACUGUGGGAUCAUCGUGAAUCAUGGAGUGACGUUGGUUGGGUACGGGACCAGCCCCGAAGGGAUCAAAUAUUGGCUGGCUAAGAAUUCUUGGGGUGAGACUUGGGGAGAAAAUGGUUACAUUAGACUCCGUAGAGACGUAGAAUGGCCUCAAGGCAUGUGUGGUCUAGCUCAGUAUGCUUCUUAUCCGAUUGCU